ACCAUGACUUGGAACGACACCACUAUGGACGGGGAAGGGCUGCUGGUGGAAAGGGAUUCCUCUUCCUUUCGGAUCCUCACGGGCUGCUUCCUCUCGCUCCUGAUCCUCUCCACACUGCUGGGAAACACGCUGGUCUGUGCAGCUGUCAUUAGGUUUCGCCACCUCAGGUCCAAGGUGACCAACUUCUUUGUCAUCUCCUUGGCUGUGUCAGAUCUCUUAGUGGCAGUUUUGGUCAUGCCUUGGAAAGCUGUGGCUGAGAUCGCUGGUUUCUGGCCUUUUGGUUCAUUUUGCAACAUCUGGGUGGCCUUUGAUAUUAUGUGCUCAACAGCCUCCAUCUUAAACCUCUGUGUCAUUAGUGUGGACAGAUACUGGGCCAUCUCCAGCCCGUUUAGGUACGAGAGGAAAAUGACCCCCAAGGCAGCCUUCAUCAUGAUCAGCGUGGCGUGGACUUUGUCCGUGUUGAUCUCCUUCAUCCCAGUGCAGCUGAACUGGCACAAGGCUGCAACCACGAGCUUUUUGGACUUCAAUGCCAGUUUAGAAGGUGUAACCAUGGACAACUGUGAUUCUAGCCUAAACAGGAUGUAUGCCAUCUCCUCUUCUCUAAUUAGCUUCUACAUCCCUGUGGCCAUCAUGAUAGUAACCUACACCAGGAUAUACCGGAUUGCUCAGAAGCAAAUCCGGCGCAUCUCGGCUCUGGAGAGAGCAGCAGUGCAUGCCAAGAACUGCCAGAACCCGGGUGGCAACAGGAGCAGCAUGGACUGCCAGCAGCCAGAGAGCAACUUCAAAAUGUCCUUCAAGAGGGAAACAAAGGUGUUGAAGACUCUCUCUGUGAUCAUGGGGGUGUUUGUGUGCUGCUGGUUGCCAUUUUUUGUGUUGAACUGCAUGAUUCCCUUCUGCGAGCCCACCCAGCCGUCCAAGGGAGCAGAGGCUUUCUGCAUUAACUCCACCACCUUUGAUGUUUUUGUAUGGUUUGGAUGGGCGAAUUCUUCCCUCAACCCCAUCAUUUAUGCCUUCAACGCUGAUUUCCGCAAGGCAUUCUCCACCCUGCUGGGCUGCUACAGGCUCUGCCCCAUGUCUGGCAAUGCCAUCGAGACUGUCAGCAUUAACAACAAUGGGGCAGUGGUUUUUUCCAGCCAACACGAGCCUAAAGGGUCCAGCCCCAAAGAGUCUAAUCUGGUUUAUCUGAUUCCACACUCAAUUAUCUGCCCGGAAGAAGAACCUCUUAAAAAGGAAGACGAGAGUGAACUGUCAAAGACCUUGGAGAAAAUGUCUCCAGCACUGUCGGGUAUCUUGGAUUAUGAAGCUGAUGUUUCUUUGGAAAAGAUCAAUCCCAUUACACAGAAUGGGCAGCAUAAAACCUGAACAGUAAGGUUUACUCAGCAAGACCUAAUGGUGUA